AUGGUGUCAGCACCUGAAGAACGGAGCAGAGACGAGGAGUUCUGGUUCGAAGACGGUAACAUCGUCCUUGUUGCUGGCGCAGUAGAGUUCCGGAUUUUAAAGGGCAUCCUCGCCGAACACUCGCCUGUGUUCAAGGAUAUGUUCUCUCUCCCGCAACCCCCGGAAACGACUACACAAGGCACCCAAUGUCCCGUAGUCCAUCUCACCGAUUCGUCCUACGACCUUCGUCACGUCUUCCGCAUAUACAUCCUUAAAGCUAACUUGGACCCGUUCGCUCCCAUGGUCCUUAGUUUUGACGAGCUUUCCGCUUCAAUCCGUCUAGGCCAUAAAUACCAAACCACGAAGCUUGUCGAGUACUUCAUCGCGUAUCUGGGAGAGUGCCCCUAA